AAAGCCCAUGCUUUUUGAAUAUACUGUUGAGCCGGCCGUGUAUUAUUCCCCGGUGGGUAAAAAUUAAGAUAUUUUAAGUCAGUUGCCUUCAUGUGACAGUUACACAAAUCAGUAUAAUGCCGCGAAAGCCAACAGGCCGGCACCCACUAAUGAAGCCUCAGCCUUUCUCCUUCUCACCCUUUGGUCGUUCAGUGGCUCGAGUUGCCUCUGCUUACAAGCUCAAGGGCCAAAUGCCUGGCUCCAAAUUUCAUAGCAAAAAUUCCCCCAACACUCCAGGUAAUGGAUUUGUAAAUCAUGCUUUGGAAGAUGGAAGUGAAAAGUCUGAAUCAUCCGAGGAAGAAGGGUUUGAAGGAGUCAUCCAGGCAGAUUUUUCCUUCUUUGACCCAAAGCCUGAUGACUUUCAUGGAGUGAAGCCCCUGCUGGGGGCUUAUCUUGAUGAUAAGCAGUGGGAUCUAAGUGGUUUUGUGGACCUGAUAUUGAGUCAAAUCACAGUGGGGACAGUUGUUAAAAUAGAGAACAAUGAAGAUGAUGGGCUUUACUCUGUUGUCACUGCUCUAAACUUGGGAAGAUAUAAGGAUCAUAAAUGUAUAAUGGAGAUAAAGGAAUUCCUGCUUAAAGUGUGCCAGGAGAAGGAGGUAUUAGAAAAUUUGCGAUCAUUCGUGGUUGAGCAAGCACAUGAUGUGGGUCUCUUGGUCACUCAGCGUGUCGCCAAUCUUCCUCCUCAGCUUUUGCCACCCCUUUAUGAUGCUCUCUUUGAUGAAGUCUCAUGGGCAACAGAAGAUGAGCCAACAGAAGAGCUCCGGAAUUCAUUCCGCUUUAAGUUCUAUCUGCUGGUUAGUAGAAUCUAUAAGAAUAAGAAUGCAAACCAGGAAAGGAGGCCAAAUAGCAGUAGUGAUGAAGCAAUAAUAUACAUUAAGCCGGAAGAUGAAAUUUUUCACAAGCUCAGUUCCUGGUCUUUCAGUUUCCCUUUGCGUACUCAGCAGGUUGCAACGCAUGAGCUGAAAAAUUAUCGGUUAGUAGGUUUAGUCAUGGCCAUGGACGCAAAUAAAGUUUCCACAUUCAGGCAGCUGUUGAAAUCUUUGAUCAAUGAAGAAUGAUGCCAACAGAAGGCAUGCUGUUGGCCUUCAACCUUUUCUUGUAGAGAAGGCACAGAAUAUUUUCCUCCAGAGCCUGCUUCAUCUCUUUAGGUUAUUUUGUGGAACUUGUAUACUGUAAUUUAGUUAUUUUGUUAGUGGACAUGAUUAAUUAGGAAUAUGAUAGUAAGCACAUUAAGGCUGGAUGCCAAAAGAUUUUGUUUUGCCUCUGCGUACUGUUAAUUUUCCUCAGAUAUGCCAAAAAAUUAUUGUUAUUUCUGGAACUCUUGUUGAGAAUCUUGAGACAACUGGUUAUAGUAGAAGAUUCCUUUUGGUUGGUAAGGAUAUCAUGGUUUUGAACAUAUCGAGACUGCAUAUAUUGCAAACAUUUCUGAUUUGCCUGCUGUUUGACAGGGGGAAUGCAAAAUCAGUGAAAUUCUCUCGCUCUCGCUCUCUCCAUGUAUGUAUCUCUCUUGAUUCUCUCGAUUUCUCAGUGAAGAGGAGACUAACCCAGGAUAGCAGAAAGCCCCAUUUCGGUUGUGGUUCUCAAUUAGUCAGGUUAGCCUUUGCCCAGAUUGGUUUUGUUUAUGACAGCCAUGGGGUCAGCAAUAUAUGUAUAAAGGCAUUCCUUAUCUCGAGAGAGUCGUUUUGAAUGAAAUGAUAUUUGGUUAUUUGAGAAGUCUUCACUGACCUGGCUCACGCUUGAGGUAUCAUAAUAUUCAAGCUGGCAAUGGAGUUCUUAAUAUUUCCUUGUUUCAAUUCUUAGUUUACUAGAAUUACAUGCUGUUUAGUAUGUUAGGAUCCAGGAUCC